AUGGCAUCCGUGUCGCAAUCUCAGACCAACGGGGUACCAUCAUCCUCGGCAGCAGGCCCGUCGCAAUCUGCUUCGCAGCCAACCCAGAACACCGCAACUAGCGGAUCGACUACCGUACCAAACACACAAGUGACCAACGCCUCGGCAGGAACAGGAGCAGGCAGUAAUAACACGCAAGCAAGCGUAUCGCAAACUCCCCCCUCCCCGUCGCCCUCCCACGCUCCUCGGCCACGCGACGCCCGCACAAUCGAGCUACUUCUAACCUCCCAAGGUGUCACAUCUUUCGACCAGCGCGUGCCCCUACUACUCCUAGACUUCGCCUACCGGCACACAUCGUCCGUGCUCUCCGACGCGCUACACCUGUCCACAGAUCCGUACACCACACACGCCGGUUCCAAGCCCAGCGCCGCGUCAGGCGCCGCCCCCAGCGCCCCGAGCGCCGGCGAAGCUGCCGUUACCACCAACGCCAUCAACCUAGCCAUCGCGUCGCGACAGUCCUUCCAGUUCCGCGGCGCGUCCGGCGGCACGGGCGCGAGCAAAGAGUGGAUGCAGGAAGUAGCGCGGGACCGCAACAAGAUCGCCUUGCCGCGUGUCCUCGCCAACGAGUGGGGUGUGCGUCUCCCCAACGAGCGCUUUGUCCUGAGCGGUAUGGGCUGGAGCCUCCGCGAUCAGUGGGCCGAGGAGGGCGAUGGUGAUAGCGAUGAGGAUGAGGAUAUGGAGGAGGUUGAUACCCAGAGGCAAACGAACGCUACCGCUGGGGAAGAGGGUGGCUUGGAGGAGCUACUUGGUGAUGAUAUGGGUGAUAUGGGCGAUGAGGAUAUGGAGGGAAUGGAAUAA